UGUUAAUGUGGGGGAGAAGUCCAUUAUUUUGGACCCUCUUUCCUUUUAUUUUCUUUGCUACCUCUUCCCAAGCUAAACAUGAUGAUGGACCUGUUUAUGAUUCUUCAGCUUGGACAGAGUGUCAAUCGGAUCCAGAGGCGCCACUUUACAAUGGAGGAAUUCUAGUGAAUAAAUUACCUGAAUAUAAACCUGUCAAAGAUAUCAAUGGAGAUAUGGUUAAUUCACCUACUUUUACCUUGCCAAAUCUAUCUUCAGGCUCAUUUUAUUCCUUCUCCAGCUGGGUGAGAGUGAAAAAUGUAAAUUCUGCCCUAAUAUCAGCUACGAUCAAGGUAGAGAACACAUUUGCAAAAUGUAUAGGAAGUGUUAUAGCCAAGAAAGGAUGUUGGUCUUUUCUCAAAGGUGGUUUCCGUUGGGAUUCACCUUCCACCUCUUCUCAGAUGGAUUUUCAGAAUUCGGAUCGGACAAGAAAGAAUGUGGAGAUAGAGCUUAUUAGCUAUUCAUUACAGCCAUUCACGGAGAAGCAAUGGAGAAAAAUUCAAUUUGAAGGGAUAAACACGGCAAGAACUAAGCACCAUUUAUGA